AUGUUGGCGCCUCGAGAAAGACAGAGAUUUUUAAUGUGGUUCAUUUUCGGGAUUUUCAUCGCCGGGAUUCUCGGGGAAACGAUUGAGAAAACGAUUAUAUUGCAUGGAAAUGAGGAUUUGGCAAAAGUUCUUGAAGAGGCGAUGCCAAAGAGAUGUUAUAAAGAUGGAAAGGAUUACGCUGAGGGUGAGGCUUUUCAAGGAGGCCAUUUGCGAUAUCGUUGUCAAAAAUUCGGAGUCUACGUUAUUGAGGGAUGUCGAACCGAUGGUGGAAAAGAUUUAGAUGUGGGUGAUCGGGUACUCGAAGAGAACCUCUUGUCACAAUGCUUUAAGGAAGGUAACUCGAUUUUCUUUCGGCAAACGGUUUGCGGGAUCAUUGGAAUGCCAGCUUGUGACAAGAUUACACCAGAUUCACCACUUCUUGGUGUCGCCGGUAUGCAGGAAGUUGGUUCGGUGAGUCGAACGAUUUCCACUCAAGUUGGAUCCCCGUCAACGCUAGAGGAUAGCCCUGGUUUACCAUAUGGAUGGCAUAUUGUUGGAAAAUUUUCUGAAAACAAGAUGGCUUUAUACAUCUCGCAAUUCGCUCAACUUCCACACGCUAUAAAAGCGCUAACAUUUAUCUUGAGUCUUUGUCUGACUCUCUGUCUGAUCAUCGCCCCCUCAGCAUCGGGUUCAUUUCUCGUUUGGUUAACUCUUCUCAUCUCAUUUCUCCUCAAUCUAUCUGCAGCCGCAAUUUUACUCUUUGAACUCGAAAAUAUCGUUUUCCCGCUUUUUCGAACGGUCUCCUACAGUAUGACAGAAUCUCUCGGAGCACUUCUCCUUGUCAUUCUUCACUUCGUUUCGUUGUGGUUGUGCUUCAACGCAAAAACCUACACAUCAAGCUUCGCAUGGACAGUUGCAGCGGGUAUCUGCCUACUUCAAUCCUUUGCCUAUGCUUUUGAUUUCUUUCAAUAUUUCCGAGAAUGGCUUCGUGAACAGAGAGAAGCCGCCAAUCGCCUUCAUGUUGAAUCACCAACAAGUUACGGACUUCCU